UGUUUGACUCUAUUUCAGAUGUUUCAGAUAAUUCAAUCAAAAAUUUUGAAGACAAUACAAUAGAUGGACAUAAAAAGAGAUCUAUCAACUCCGACUUGAAGAAAAGGCAUAAAGAUCUUAAGAUGGAUUAUGAAAGGCUAGAAUUUUUGGCUAAAAAAGUACCUGAUGGUGAAACGAAAUUCACUGAACCAAAAGUCCACGAAUUGUGGAUGCAGGCUAAACAGGUUGACUUUAGUCCAGAAGAAUUAGUAGCAUUUGAGGAAGAACUCAGGCAUUUUGAGCAUAAACUGAAGAAACAUGCUGAUAUGACAAAGGAAUUUGAAGAAACCGUCAAGGAUUAUAAAAAGAGUGGCAAAGACAUCCCUUUGAAAGUUGAAAAAAUGGAUGAGAAAAAUAGGGACUAUGCCAAAAAGAUAAAGAAGCAUCACACAGAGCUGCAAAGGAAAAUAGACAAGAGACACAUAGAGUUAUAGCCUUAAUACAUACCAGCUGCCAAUGAUUUGAUCUUUUUCUUAUUUUAGAUAUAUUAAUACAUCAAGUUAGAACCAAAUAUUUGUAUUAUGGUAAUAAUUAAUCAAGGAAGUGAAUUCAAUCGAGAAAAAACACAAACAUUAAAAAGAUAUAUUAGAAUAUUUGACACCAUUUCUGAUUUUUUUACACUUUUCUAUUUACAUUAUGUGACAAAAAUAUUUGACAUACAGCUGAUUUCCCAAAUAGAUCUGACAAAAGGAAUGCUGCUUCAUUGUUAAAGAAGUUAACUUCUGCAAUUCCAAGGUGCUUUCUUAGUUUGUUAAUGAGGUCUUUUUGUAGUUUUUCUACAGUACAAUAUUUACUGGACCCAUUUUUUGCAUUAUUGUUUGAAAGCACACAUUUUAAAAAUGUGCAUUUCUUCCAAGUACAAUUUUAUUCUUGUUACUCACAUCUUUUAGAAUAAAGAAAGUUAUCCUUGGACUUGUUUGCUCAAUAAAACAUUUAAUCUGGUCUCCAUUAAAGGGAUAACAACUGUUCGUAAGAUAUCCAUAUUUCACUAUAAAUAAAUUGCAAACAACUCAUAGAAAUAUAAUAAAUUCAACUUUACCACCCAAAUGGCGGUUGACAUAUUUAUUCCAGAGUUAGUGCUUGUAAUCACAUGACCUCACAUGACAGAUGGCUACACACUAAUCUCUAAAGAGAAUGUAACAAAAAACCAAACUUUUUAGAAAAAAAACAGGGACUAACUUCGAAUGUGGGAACGGAUUCAUUGGGAAGUAUGGGAAAAGUGUCCUUUACCCCAGGAAAAUUCAUUUUUUGGCCAAAAUUAACAGUUGUUAUCCCUUUGAAAAGCAAACAAUGGCUCUUAGCCAACUAAUUUAAAUUUCACAAUCUUAAGGGCUUCUUAAGAUGCUUUUUUCCCAUUCACUAUGCCCUUGGAGCAGAAUAUAUUUCUCUUGAUGAUGAUUGUUAUUAAAGGAUUAUAAGAAGUGUAUAUGACUGACUCAAAUCAUUUUCAAAUUAAGCUGAAGUGGAUGAUAACAGGGAUGAGAAGAGUUUAGGCAUCAGUCACAAGUGGCUUUUACAGUAUACGGAAUAUCUUUCAGAGUGUACUAUGAAUCUCUGUGAAGAGAAAUUGUGAUCACACACGUACCUAUCUAGCACAAUGCAAACAAGUACAAACAACUCUUCUGUCCUUUCUUUUUUAUUGUUUCUUUAAAUGCUAGGCAUAAAACCACAAAAUGCAGUCAUGUAACCUUCAACAAAAACUGGCCAAAACUGAUUCUGAUUUUCUUGAUUUGCCACAAGCACAAUGCUUUAAAACUGUUCAUACAGUUAAGCAUAGCCUAUUCAGAUCAGGCAUACUAAUCUAAAUUUUCAUCUGACCUCAAUGUGUUUUUAAACUGGCAAUUUAUGUAAGAAAACAUUAUGGCCAAAUCUGAAAUAAUGAAAUCUGUGACAGAACAUGUUUCAUCAUGAAGAGUUCAUUAAGUUAAUGCAUUUUAACAGCAUCAAGACUCCUCAUUCCAUCACUCAAAAAGUCUGUGUGUUGUUACAAUUGUAUAUUGCCACAAUUUUGUGUAACUAUAUUUGAUUCUUCAUCCUUGACAUGGACUGAAUAAAA